AUGGCCUCCUCCAUCAACAACUGUGUGCUGCUUCUGGAUCUGCCUGAAAAGGCACUCGCCGGCAUCGACCUGCUAUCAUUCACAGCAUCGCCGAGGUUUCGAGGUGUCAAAAACCUACCGUGUGGCCUGCACUUUGUCUUUGCAGCCAGCGACAGUGCGCUGUCAGUACGCCACGGAGCAUGGUUCUACGUGUCGCCCGGCACCGGCUCACCGCAAGUCUUUGUCAAGCGCUGGGAUGCUCAAACCGAGGAUAUGGUCGCUGAGACGUCGCAGACCGAGGUGCUGAGAUGGAAGGCCAACCUCGGGAGCAUAUGGAAGGACGGCUUGACGCCAUAUCGCCAGACUGUGCAAGAAGCCGGCUCCGCAGAAGCCGACUACCAGGAAGAGUCGCAGGACUGGGACGAACUGACGUCGAGAAUCACGCAAACGCUAUUGUCCCGGAUAUGUGGCCUCAACCCCGAUCACUGGAGCCUAACGUCUGCUUCGUCUGGCCUGAUGGACCUGGACACGAUACCGGGACUGCAGAUGAGCAAUUCCAUGCAGCAUCCAGAGAAGGAGCUCAGGUUUCUUCCGAUCGAUCUGAGGCGGACGUGGAGGGUUGGAGCGACUGGGCGAGAGCGCACCGACGCAGCACAGGAUAGAUCCUGGUACCUGGGCGAUCUGAUUGAAAACCACAGCCAGGCGGGAGACAAGCGUGGACGAGAGUUUGAAGUGCUCGGUGAGCUGCAGUUUGCGUUCCUCAUGGUCCUCACGCUCAACAACAGCUCUUGCCUGGAACAGUGGAAGAGGAUCUUGUCCUUGCUCUUGACGUGUCAAACAGCAAUCAAGGAGCGCUCCCAGCUGUUCCUCGAGCUGCUGCGCACCCUGCGCGUCCAGCUGAGCCACUGCGUGGAUCUGGAUGGCUUUUUUGACAUGGCCGAGGUUGGGGGAGGCUUCCUGCGACCGCUGCUCAGGCGGUUUCGAAAGAACCUGGAUGAUUUCGACGGCAAGUGCAAGUCAGACAUGAUGGACGAGCUGGACGAGCUGGAGGACUAUCUGCAGAAACAGUUUGGUUGGGAGCGUGGUGAUUUGUUCGUCAGGCGUGGAAUGCUGGAUCUCGAGGACGGCGAGCGCGUCGAGAUGGACGUCAACGAUGCGUCCGAGGAUGAGGAGGCUGGAGACUAUGCCCCGACAGUCGUCGACCUGACACCAGCACAACUCAAGGAGCUGAAUCGAGCCGACACUGGCUCCGAGAAAGAUGCCGCCGAUUCCGAGGACGAGGCUGAGCUCGACGACAUGGAUCAGCGGUACUGA